CGCGGCGGGCGGCGGGGAGGGAGGCAAGAAAGUAGCAGAAAGUGAGGCUGGCAGGCGGCGGCAAAGGAGCCGGCGCGCGGCGGCGGCAGGAAGUCUGUGCCCGAGAGCAGCAGAAAUAAGAGCCAGGGAGGGACCGCGGCGGCGGCGGCGAGAGCGAAAGAGGAAACUGCAGAGGAGGAAGCCGCGCAGCAGCCGAAGCUGCCCGGCUCGGCGCCCGGCAUCCCCGCCGCCCCUGCGCCCGCGCCGCGCCGCGCCCCCGGCGCCCCCUCCCCAGCGCGCCCCCAGCCGCCCCUCCGCGCCGCGUUCGUCGGCCAUGGCCCGGGAGAACGGCGAGAGCAGCUCCUCCUGGAAAAAGCAGGCUGAAGACAUCAAGAAGAUCUUCGAGUUCAAGGAGACCCUCGGAACCGGGGCCUUUUCCGAAGUGGUUUUAGCCGAAGAGAAGGCAACUGGCAAGCUCUUUGCCGUGAAGUGUAUCCCUAAGAAGGCGCUGAAGGGCAAGGAAAGCAGCAUAGAGAAUGAGAUAGCCGUCUUGAGAAAAAUUAAGCAUGAAAACAUUGUCGCCCUGGAAGACAUUUAUGAAAGCCCAAAUCACUUGUACCUGGUCAUGCAGCUGGUGUCUGGUGGAGAGCUAUUUGACCGGAUAGUGGAGAAGGGGUUUUAUACAGAGAAGGACGCCAGCACUCUGAUACGCCAAGUCCUGGACGCUGUGUACUAUCUCCACAGAAUGGGCAUCGUCCACAGAGACCUCAAGCCCGAAAAUCUCUUGUACUACAGUCAAGAUGAGGAGUCCAAAAUAAUGAUCAGUGACUUUGGAUUGUCAAAAAUGGAGGGCAAAGGAGAUGUGAUGUCCACUGCCUGUGGAACUCCAGGCUAUGUUGCUCCUGAAGUCCUCGCUCAGAAACCUUACAGCAAAGCCGUUGACUGCUGGUCCAUCGGGGUGAUUGCCUAUAUCUUGCUGUGUGGCUACCCUCCUUUUUAUGAUGAAAAUGACUCCAAACUCUUUGAGCAGAUCCUCAAGGCGGAAUAUGAGUUUGACUCUCCCUACUGGGAUGACAUCUCCGACUCUGCAAAAGACUUCAUUCGGAACCUGAUGGAGAAGGACCCGAAUAAAAGAUACACGUGUGAGCAGGCAGCUCGGCACCCAUGGAUUGCUGGUGACACGGCCCUCAACAAAAACAUCCAUGAGUCUGUCAGUGCCCAGAUCCGGAAGAACUUCGCCAAGAGCAAAUGGAGACAAGCGUUUAAUGCCACGGCUGUCGUGAGACAUAUGAGGAAACUCCACCUUGGCAGCAGCUUGGACAGUUCAAAUGCAAGUGUUUCCAGCAGCCUCAGUUUGACCAGCCAAAAAGACUGUGCGUCUGGCACCUUCCACGCUCUGUAGUUUCAUUUCUUCUUCGUCGGGGGUCUCAGGAGUUGGAGCCGAGCGGAGACCCAGGCCCACCACUGUGACAUCAGUGCACUCUGGAAGCAAGUGACUGGCCCUGGAGGUGGGGCCAGGGGGCAGGGCUGGGAAAGGGGAGCCCCAGGGUGGCCAGUGCCACGGGCCACUCCAGCGAGACCCCACCUUGCAUGGUGCACUUCCUGCGUAGGACUGGAAGACCGAAGUUUUUUUAUGGCCAUAUUUUAUACUGCAAUUCUGAAGUGUUCAUUUCUCACAAACUGUACUGACUCGAGGGGCGCUGAUUUCAUAGGAUCUGGUGCUGUAUAUACAAAUCUUGCAAAGCUCGAACUGAACGGACCUUCUUCUUCCUCUCCCCCAACGCCGUCCUUCCCACUCUUCUCAGUGUAGGUGACCGUCUACGGUGUGUUUUUUCAUUCAUGACAAAAAACAAGGUUUCAACUGGAUUAUUUAAAUAUUGGUAAAUAUUGUGCAUUAGGGUUUGUUUUUCCUUUAAAGAAGUAUGUCCUUUGACUCUGUCGCUCAGUUACGUGACCUGUAUCUCCUCCUCUUCAAUAGUGGUUUUAUGUUAACCUUUAAGAGAUUUGUUUUUCCUCCAAGGAGAAUUUAAAGGUAUUUUUAAACAUUCGAAGAAGAGGAUCAAGAAUCGGUCCGAGGCUAAGAGUGCGCUUGACUCAUGUUCCUUCUCUCUCUCUCCUUUCCUUGGCGGGCGAGGCCCCUCCGUUCUGCAAAGCUGUCUUGUCUGCAGGGGGCUUUGGUGGGAUUAUGCACAAAGCCUUCGCUGGUAACCCAUCCCACAGAGCCCUCACCCACCAGAGACCCCAGAGGCCUCUUGCUAUCAGCAGUCAGAAAUAAAGAAGCCUGCUCCCUCCCCGGAGACCCAGGGCUCAGCUUCGCAGGCCAAACUUGCUGUGAGUGAGAUGCCCACACUGCAGAGACGUAGGAGUGUCCCUUGCAGAAGGAGCCAGCUGCCAUUUGGUUGAAAGUGGGCCCAUACACAACCCUCAUUUCUCACGAGAGGUAGCAGAUGAAAGCUCAGCUAUGCGGUUCUCAAAUUCAUCUCUUUCUCUGUAGUUUUUUAAAAAUGCGUUUCUAAUCUUACCCUUCACAUGGCUUCCAACACAAAGUUCUUUCUCCACAUUGUUACCCUCAUCUCACAUGAAUGUUUUCCAAAGGAAGGAAGGGAGGGAAGCGGCCUUGGCAAAGGAUCCAUUCCUGGUAGUAAGGAGAGGGGCCUGCCAGGCUAAUAGGACUCGCGCUGUGGCCAGAGACCACGUCCGCCAGACCCAGCCAGUGUCUGAAGGCCUCCCACUGAUCCGAGGAGCCUAAAAUCAAAGAUACACAGUGGUAGGGUCACCAAACGCCCCGCUUGCCUGAGACUGAAGGAUUUCUCAGGCUGUGAACAUUUCAUGCUAAAACCAGGACCAUCAGGGCAAACCAGGCGACGUUGUUGGCCCUUGUGGUGGGUAGGGUGCAGGAGAGAGCCAGGCAGUGUACAGCCCAGGGAAAGCUGCGUUUCAAGGAGGCUGUUCUGUAGAGCCAGGCACAUGGCUUCAAGUGCCGGUCCUGCCUAGUGUCCCCCGCUCAGCCCUCAGGCCAAUCCAAUGCCUUGAGCCCACCAGGGUGUCCCAGCAGGUCUGCCUCAUUACAGCCCAGCGACGCUGCUGGCUGUGUCCUCACAUCCUUCUCCUGUGGCUGGCCUGUCCUGGGAAGUCUUUGUCACUUGCACACCUUUGCCUAUGUCCAGGCUGAGUGUUGAGUGAUGCCCCCCUCCAUCCUCCCUACACACAUGCACAUGCACGCGCGCGCACACACACACACACACACACGCAGUUAUGAGGCACGGCAGCUCCAUCCCGCUCCCUGAGAAGGCAGCACAGGCACAGAUGAGAGCAGUUGGGAAGACAGGCAGCUGGUCUACCCUGUCUCCGCACGCAUCACAGGUGUGCCACGGCUUGGCAGGAAUUCUGCAUGGCAUCUGCCGCACAUGCUCACGGAGUGAAAAAUUAAACUGUCACUCUUCAAAAUCUGUAAAAAGCCUGGAAAAGUCUGUAAGAUGACAAUAGACUAGUUCAGAGUCAGGUGUCGCCUGAGUUGGCCAUGCAGUGAAUGAAUAUUAUAAGUGAUAUUGGAGAAAACAGGUGUCUCUCCAGAGCUUCACCAGGCAAUUGCUCACUAACAAGUGUCCUGGAAACAUUCGAGUUCAUACAGUGCAAGACAGAAAGUAAGAGAAGGCACUGAAAAUGCACCCGAAUCCGGUACCUAGGAUGAGUGCGUGAAUAGUUACGAGUAGCCCUUUGUGCUGUAUACAACCAUUUGCAUUCAGAAAGCAGUAUUGGAAGCAAGUUCCAUUAUUGGUGAUUGAAGUAUUUUCAGGAGCUGAUACAUGUGCUGCGUGUUAUAUGCACUUAGCUUGAAAGCAUCCCUUACCCAAAAAGUGCAGAAGCCCUGAACAGUGUGGGCCGUGGUCCAGGUGCCCUCUCACUGCUCCGGUCAGUUCUUGGCCAUGCUUGGCCUGUCACACCCAAGGUCUCAACAACAUUGUGCGAGGAAACAGUGACUGGUUUCAGCCCAAGGGUCGACUGCUGAGCAUGACAUCAGGAAGCCUGUACUGUCCUGAUGCCACCAGGCUGGGGUUAAUAUCCUAUGGUUUUAGAAAGAGAAGAGCCUUUGUGCUUUUGAGAGUGUUCUCAUGGUAAAAAGAUAGAGGUUGUCUUUGCCCAGCACUGGGCAUGAAUUGUUUUAUAAAACAGGAAGAGAACCCGGAAUGUGCCUUUUUGAAGGUCUGACCAAUGGGGUCAUAGAAUCCCAGGACCCUCGCCAAUGUCAGUUUCCACUCACGGCAGCUGAGGGCUUCGACAUGCACCUAGAGUGCUGGCCGAGGCUAAGGGUGGAUGUCUGGACCCCAUCGCAGGCUUCUUUCCUGAGCCCAGGUUCCUCAUUCGGUCCCUGUCCCUUCUCAGAGCAAAGUGGAUUCUGUUUUCCUCACUUGGAAUAGUCAGUGUUGAAGUGGUGGCUUGGAGUGGCCUUUCUCCCAGGUUCCCUGGCUUCCAGGAUCUUCAUCUCAUAUGUGAGGCCGUAGGAGGAGUUUCCAUUCAUUGAGACACUCAGUGAGCGGGCACCAGCAGGCCAGCAGCUUGGCCCUCUUCGCAGAGAUGGCUCUGGAGUCUGGGCAGCUCUCUUCCUCCUGCAGCUCGGCUUCCCAGGGGUCUCACGGGUUCGGAGCCUCAGCAUGAAGUGGUUCAAAGGCAGUUAGAGAGCUGAGGGGCAGGGCACUCAGGGGAAGCACAGCGGCUGCCAGAAGUCCUUGAGGAGAGACGGGGCCGCUGUGUUAGAGAAACGGCAGCCUGGGCCCGUGGAUGGCUCUGGCACUGGGCAGUGGCUGGUUUUCACCUUUCCUCCUGCCCCCGCCUCCCCGUAGGAGACAAGAAAACAUCAUUCUCCCUCUUCAGGUCCCCUUUUGAAAGAAUGAAACUGUGGCACAGCGUGCCAUACUAAAUCAAAAAAAGGAAGAGUGGCUUUGUGUUCUUCACCCUGGUCACAGUUCUGGUCACUUCCGGCAUCUGCCCUUGAGAACGGGGUGCAGCCUUGGAGCCACCAUUGGCCUUGGGGAGGGUCCCACUCUCCAGCUAGCGCUUCGGGUACUGUCCAGGAUCCCGGCAGUCAGGAUAGAACAAAAGAUGAUGGCUCCGCUGGCCAAGGCUGGGCUCAUAGGAAACAUCUGCAGUCGGAUGAAAAGAACCUGGCCUGGGAGCCCUGGACUUGGCUUACCUACCCCAUAUCAUGUCAUCCUCCUCAUCUGUCUACCCUAGUGUUCAACAUGGCCUUGAUGAAUUGUGGGUGGCAGGGACACAAGCCAAGAAUACCAGGCACACGGGGUCAGAGAGCCCCGGUGAUCCUCUAUGGCCAGUGGAUUGAUCCUCUCCCCUGUGACAUGACAGCUAACGCAAUUAUCCCACUGGUUAAUUUGCUGAGCAUUUUUAAACAGAAGGGAAAGAUGGCAUCCCAGUGCAGGUAGACUUCAUUUUUGAAAGCACCGUGGCCCCUUGCCUCUCCCUUGCCCCCAGAACCUUGGCCAGACUUGAGUCUUCGUUGGGGCGGCCACACUGGAAUCAUUGCUCAGGGGUCGUAGGCGGAGAAGCAGGGUCAUGGGCUCGGCUUCAGCCAGCAGCACCCCCUGCUUUGCCGGAUCUCACAAGCGCAAGACUGAGAUUCCCUUGGAUAUGAGAAAGAAAGGCAAGGGCUGCUAAAGGGAAGCUCCUCCCAUUUUUCAUAAACAGAAAUAAGAUGUCCUCUUUCCCAAGUUGGCACAAUCACAGCUGGCAAAUGAGUUGAAGGUCCUCAAAUUCAGCCAGUGCACGACACCUUUGCAUGUUCUUCUGAAACUGUGCUUCCUCCCCAUUCUGUCUACCCGCACUCUGUGAAGUCUGCCUUUUCCUUAAACACAUUCCAGACCAAACACUGUUCAGUUUGUUUCAAAAAAAAAAAAAAUGUAUAUACCUGUAUGUGACCCACCACCCUUUGGAGGGGCACCUGGCCCUGGGCUGGGGCUGCAGGUGUGCCUGAUGUUUGCAAAAGGUAUUCCAGUCUUUCGAUGUUCAGAAUUGCAAAUGUGGAGCUAGAAGAGCCGGAACAGACUCCUAAAAGGAGAGUUUCUUUCCCGAAGACUCCAAGAAAAUGAGUGUGCCGAUGAGUUAGCUUGACAACCUCAACUUUGGGGAGCAGGCAGGCAGUCUGAGGAAGGUCAGGGCCCAUGCCCCACUCACCCGGCACCUGCUUGGUGGUCCCAAGUGGUCCCAGGGCAUCACGGUCUGCAGCCUGGGCACCCAGUCCCACUGUGAAGUCAGCCCUGCAUGCUGGCCGAGGCCCGGCCACCUCCCGAUGCCUCCAGAGUCAGUGGGAAGAAGUCAGCCCUUCCCGGACUUCCCUGCCACCUCCCGAUGCCUCCAGAGUCAGUGGGAAGAAGUCAGCCCUUCCCGGACUUCCCCGCCACCUCCAGCAGGAGCAGCUCGGCUUGUGGCUCUGGGAGCCCUGCUUUUGCAAACCCAAAAAGGCUGUGCAUUUGGAAGCCAAACGCUCAGCAUGCGGCUGCCGAGUCUGGUUUUGUGGACAAAGCAAACUGUGGAAUGGCUUCUCGGUGUCUAUAUAAAGGAGCACGCGAUCGCAUUCACCCUUUGUACUCACACCGUUUCUGCAUUCGCCAUAUCCAUUUUUUAACCUUUUUGUCUCCAGGGAACUUCUUCAUAUGAUUAUUAUGUCUUCUGAUGAUUUGCGAUGUUAUUUUACUUAAAGGUGAUUUUAUUUUCUUAUGGACAGGAAAAAAGCAAAUGAGAGGAGUUGGUUUUAGUCUUAGAGAUCAGACUUCAGCACAGGCUGGGAAACCCCAAACUCUAGUUCAGUUGCUUCUCGGAGGAAAAUCUUGGGCUAGACAGAUUGAGAUCCCAGGCUCUCCUGGAAGCCUAGCAUUUCGGGGCACAGGGGCCCUGGGGUGUGGUUGGCAGCCAGGCUGCGAGGGAGCUAAAAAGGUACAAGAACAUCAGCCUGGAUGUUCAUCUCCCAGCCCUGACGCCUGCCAGUCUCCUUCCGGGGGCACUUGGCCCUGUCAGAGGGACAUGAAAUGCUGUCCAAAUGGUGGCAGAAAGGCAGUGAUAUUGCAGCAGAGUCUUUGCUUUGAAAGAUGGGGCAUCGUGUUUCAGAGAACAUUUAUCUUAGUCCCACGUUCAGGUGAGAAGACCUCAAAGGUACCCUCUGUCCAGAACAAACAUUGGAACAACCUCUAAAUUGGCUUUUGUCACCACACAUAACGUAAUCUCCCUUCUUUCAGCUCCCGCAGCAACAAGCAUGCUUCCCAAAAAAUGAGAACGUCAAAACCAGGAACGUCCCCGCACCUACUAUUACCAGGCUUGCAAUUGGUUCAAUAUUUCCAUAAAAACAUGUUUGUCCAAAAGAAGGGAAACUGUGCAUUUAUUCCAUGCAUGUAAUAAACUCUGCAAGAAGUUUCACCCCCAUAGGUUUGCGGCACUGCAAAAUUGUUCAUGGGUCUGUGUAGCAAAUGAUUCUCUGCCUUGACAAUCAUGUAUACAUAUCAAGAUUUCUAUCGUAAUGAUAAUGAGAUUGAUGACUUCUUGUUUUCCUCCAAUAAAGACAACUAAUCACCUUCA